AUGCCGAUGCCGCCUCCGGCUUCCCCGGAAGUAAACGCUCGACGAGGUCACACGGCUCAAAAGAGUCCGGCGAUCAACGCAGAGCGAGACUUUUGUUCCCGAAGCAACCUGGAAGGUCGGAGAGCGAAACGCCGAGAGGCGGCCAGCCGACCUGCCCGUCCCGACGAGGAGCUUCUUCGUCUCCGCUGCCCGGUAAGACGGCGCUUGUUGACAGAUGUGAAGUUGCUCGAUGCCAUGGAGCCCGAGUGCAAGCGGAGGAAGACUGGCACUGGUGCCCUGCUGUCCUGGGACGUGGUGCCCGUGCUGUCUCCCGAGCAGUGCCAGGACGUGGAGCUGCUGGAGGCCUACGCUGCCCCCAUCUUCAACAAGAGGGAGACGUCGCGCCUGGUGAAGGAGCUGGCCACCGUGUGUCCUCUAGCUGGUCUGCCACACAUCAAGAGGGUGCGGGCCUGUCCGGACAAGCUCAGCCCUCACCCCCUUGAGGUGCUCAUCUGUUUGGCAGACCACAAGGCGCACCAGGAGGUGCCAUCUCUGGAUAUGCUCCUAGCAGGGGCCGGGCCCAUUGACUCCUCCAGUCUUGGAAGGCCAUUUUUGGUGCGGAUAGCGGCCCGGCCCCCUCUGACGAGACAGCAGUUCGAGAAGGCCAGUCGUCACUGGCCAACCUCCUUCCAUGAGGACAAGCAGGUGACAGUGGCCUUGCGAGGUGACCUCUUCACAGAAGAGCGUAAAACGAGAAUGCAAACAUACAUGGAGCUGGCGAUCCAAGCUGCAGUGGCAGGCCAGGCGCAGGGCAUGGAGGCGGUGGGAGCGGUGCUGGUGGAGCCUGAUUCGGGCUCUGUUCUUGCAGUGGGACAUGACUGUCGCUAUGGCCCCAGCCCUUUGCUCCACGCAGUCAUGGUGUGUAUUGACCUGGCAGCACAUGGGCAAGGAGGGGGCGCCUACAAAUACAAAGACUACCUGGCCUGUCGCUUUGUGAGGGCAGUGUCAGGGGUCCACCCUACAGCUGAAGAAGGAGGCCAUGAGGAACUGCCAUACAUUUGCACUGGUUAUGAUCUGUAUGUGACCAGAGAGCCUUGUGUCAUGUGCGCCAUGGCCUUGGUGCAUUCCAGAAUACGCAGGGUCUUCUUCGGGGUGCCCACGCCUGAUGGAGCUUUAGGCAGCAGAUAUAAAAUUCACACCCAGAAAGACUUGAAUCACCAUUAUGAGGUGUUCCGAGGAGUCAUGGCGCACGAGUGUGAGCAGCUGAGUAACAGAACAGCUGGCACGUUUUAA